UUUUGUUGUUGUUUCUACUGGCAUGCCUUCAAGCCAGAAAUUAUUUGCUUCGCAAACAAAUUUGUGCGAAUAUUUUUGAUAAAACUUAUUGCCUUUAUAUAGAAAAUGUUUAAAAAAUUUGAAGAAAAGGAAAGUGUUUCGUCGCUGCAACAACUCAAGUCUUCUGUGCAAAAGGGAAUACGGGCGAAGCUGUUGGAAACGUAUCCCUUAUUGGAAACACAUAUUGAUUUGAUUUUACCAAAAAAGGACUCGUAUCGCAUCGCUAAAUGUCAUGAUCACAUUGAGCUCUUAGUUACGGGAAACGGUGAAAUAGCUUUCUUUCGGCACCGCGAGGGCCAAUGGAUGCCUUCAUUGCGACUAUUGCAUAAGUUUCCUUAUUUUGUUACUAUGCAACAAGUGGACAAAGGCGCCAUAAGAUUUGUAUUGAGUGGAGCUAACAUAAUGUGCCCUGGUCUAACAUCACCGGGGGCACAGAUGACACCUGCCGAUAAAGGAACUAUUGUGGCUAUAAUGGCAGAGGGCAAAGAACAUGCAUUAGCCAUUGGUAUUACAACAUUAUCUACUGAUGAAAUCUCAAAAGUUAACAAGGGUAUAGGAGUAGAAAAUUGCCAUUACCUCAAUGAUGGCCUGUGGAAGAUGAAAGUUGUUAAGUAAAACUGCCAGUUUGAAAUAGCUAGUCAUAGCUUACUAUCUUAAAAUUAUAAACAAUAAAAUGCAUUGCUUUAGUUUUUUUUAAAUAAAAUACAUAAUUAGUUAAAAAAAA